GCUUCAAGGUCACCUCCCCCUAGGCGUCGUGAUUCAAGAUCAUCUCCCCCUAAGCGUCGUGAUUCAAGAUCACCUCCAAGACAUAAAAAAUCUAGAUCACCCAUCAGACGUCAGUCCUCGGGGUCAAGGUCACCAGCCCAAAGAGCAAGGUCGAGGUCUGAAUCUAGAAGUCCUCCUCCCAAGGACAGGUUGUCGCUAUAUGAUGACCUCCCUAGUGCGACCAAUGGUGCAGCAGGUGAUAGCAAACGUAAAGCUCUUGAUACUGACAAUAUUGGUACGCCAAAGAAAAAGGCAAAGAAGGCAGCUACAUUCAGUGGAUCAGAUGCAUCUGGAGAUGAUGGAAAGAAAUCUAAGAAAAAGAAAAAGAAAGAGAAAAAGAAACAUAAAAAGCACAA